AAUGUUGGAAACAAAACACCAGAAAGUCAUGGGGAGAAAGCGGGGUGAGGUUGUGUGAGUGUUGGGAAGAACUACCGUGAAGUUGAUAGAAACUAUAGGUCCUUCUGUAACCCUGUCCUCGUCUUUCCUGUAGACGGAAGAGAAGCCGACACAACGCCUCUUCUCGUGCUUUGCAUGCGUUGAGCAAUCAGCGGUGAGCGCUCGGAAAAACAGAGAGACAGACGUUUGGAAAGCCCGGGAGCUUCAGGAGUGAAUGGUUGAGCCCAGUCCCCCAGCGUUGCAUCUCCAUGCCAACGGUGAUGUCAGCAUGGUGGGCAUCGGCGUAAAGCAGGAGAAGGAGGAGUCUGGAGGAGAAGGGGGAGGAGCCAAAGCUGAGCCGCACUCCUCUCCUGCCUGUGAUUGGUCAGGACAUCAGCCAAUGGAGAGACCGGAGUCUAGACAGCUGACUCCUCCCCUCUCCCGCUCACCAUCAGAGGGCUCUCCGGGUAAGGAACAGCUUCUCAGACAGAGUCCUGUGGGGAUGAAGGGGGGCAACAGGGGGUACGACCACCGACCAGAGGGACACAUGCACCCCACUGUCAGCGAAGUCAUGCCCACCAUAGAGAAGCUGCUGAGUGUGGACUGGAGGGAGAAGCUUCUGGACAAAAGCUCCCUGGGAGGCAACCACUUGAAAGGCACUCCAGAGUCUCUGGCAGAGAAGGAGCUGCAGUUGUUGUUGAUGAUCAAUCAGCUGAGUGGUCUGAGGGAGCAGCUGCUGGGAGCCCACUCUGAGCAGAGGAACAUGGCCGCCCUGCUUCUGGAGAAACAACAGCAGCAGAUGGAGCUGGCCAGACAGCAGCAGGAACAGAUCGCCAAACAGCAGCAGCAGCUGAUCCAGCAGCAGCACAAAAUCAACCUGCUUCAGCAGCAGAUCCAGCAGGUGAACAUGCCCUACGUGAUGAUCCCAGCCUUCCACCCAAACACCCAGCAACUCUCUGUCACCUCCGACACCCAGAUGACCAUGCCUCUGCAACCAAUCCCCUGCAAGCCAGCAGUGGACUAUCCCAUGCAGCUACUGCAGAACCUUCACUCCACCCCUAUGAAAAGGCCCAGUGGUACCUUCCGACAGGAAGCCAGCCAGCCUCUGAACCUAACCUCCAAGCCCAAGGGGAUGGACAUGGGGAAGAGCCCCAGCCCGCAUGCCUUUGAGCUGGGCACAUUGACACUGCAGGGGGGGUACAGACCCAGGGACAACCAUAGAGACAGCCCCUCACGACCCUCACUUAACCUGGGAUUUCUGGGAGAGGGGGAUGUGGUGACCCAGGCCAUCCAUGAUGCCCAGCAGCUGCUGCGGAGACAUGGGCCGGGCGGAAGAGAGAGGGAGCGAGAGAGAGACAGCACUGCCAGAAUGGAGUAUAAGGUGGCUGGACACAGCAACAGGCUGCCACACCCAGACCGUGGGGAGGAUGGACAGACCCUCCAAACCAACGAGGACCACCACAGCAGCGACUCUGAGGGCCCCCUAUCUGCUCCUAGUGUGGGGGUGUUCGCGGAGGUUCGCGGCCCCCCCUCCUCCGUCCACAUCAAGAGGCCCAUGAACGCCUUCAUGGUCUGGGCCAAAGACGAGAGGCGACGUAUACUACAGGCCUUCCCUGACAUGCACAACUCCUCCAUCAGCAAGAUACUGGGAACUAGAUGGAAGUCUAUGUCUAACCAGGAGAAGCAGCCCUACUAUGAGGAGCAGGCCAGGCUGAGCCGACAGCACCUGGAGCGUUACCCCGACUACAAGUACAAGCCCCGCCCCAAACGCACCUGCAUCGUGGAGGGACGGAGACUCAGGGUGGGCGAGUACAAAGCCAUGAUGAAGAACCGGAGACAGGAGCAGAGGGGGCCAUACCCACACAGCCAAUCAGAGCCGCAGCAGCUGCACUACGCCCCCGGCGAGGGCCAAUACCCAGGUGGCGGUGGGGCAGUCUCCAUGCCAACGGUGCCAUUCCACCCCGCGCUAUUGGAGCACUACCUGCCGCGAGGGCUGGAGGCUCCGCCUAUUUGCAGACCUGAGGGACAGGCCACGCCCACUCCUCUCCCCAGAGAGAGGGAGAAAGAGAGACCGCCGUACAGUGAGGGGGAGGAGAGCGACAGAGGAGAGAGAAGUGAGGGAGAGCUAGUGCUCCUCACUGACUGAGAGAGAGAGCGAGAGGUGUGUGUGUAGAGAAGUGAAUGAAAAGGGGUGUGUCUAUGUGGAGAAGGGGAUCUUGGACCAUAUCAAGUGUGUCAUAUGACCAUGUCAGCAGAGCCUGCGUCUGUCCCAACACUCUUAAGAUGAAUCCCAUUCUUUAUCUAAUCACUGAUCUGGUCACAGAAGACUGGGGUCUAAACUAAUAGUCCUCACUUUUAGAUCAGUGAGUGUCAAGAGAUGGUAAAUAGACUAUAGUAAAAGCCCCACCCUUGUAAAAUAAUACAAUCGGACAUGGAUCAAACACGCACAGAGAGACACACACCAGCCCCAUCUGUGUAUGUUUAUUUCUCCAAAUGGAUGUUGUCAUCCCAGACGUUAGUUGUUGGUAAUCUGCUGUAGGCCCACCAGUAUCUGUUAUUCAGCCCUACAUGUCAAACCUUUCCCAUUCUCCCCUAUAGUUCACAAUCAAACAAUGAAAUCCCCAAUAGGGCAAGCCUAGGGCUAGACUAGCAGGGGAAUCUCCUUGAGGAGGAGCCCAUCCUUCUCUGACUGGCUGGACAGGUUACGGUUACUAUGAGACAGUUGUUUGUUACAACAUUAAAGGUAUGUGUCAUUUACACAUGAAUCUGGCAGCUGAAUCUAAAAGACCAUUGGUCAUAGAUUAUAUCAGAUAUUGGGCUAUUCAUGUUGCUGCUACGUACCCUAUCAACAGGGUAGGAGUGUAGCUAGUGAUAACCGUCACAUUCACAAUGUGUAGCGGACAUUUACAAUGUGGAAUGAGUUGAGAUUGACUGGAUUAGACUGGCAGUCCAUUGUCACCUACAGGCAUUGACAUAGAUGUUUCCCUUAAGCACAGAUCAAUAUCAGAUGACCCUAUCCUUAUAAACCUGAAACAUCAAGGCCAGGGUAUGAAAAAUAUCUGACAGUGUUAUGGAGAUCUGAUUGUGAUUCUGAAGGAGUGCUGCCCUCUGCUGUUUGGGAUGGGCACAACAUCAUGAAAUAUCCCACAUUACUAUCACUAGAAAUGAAUAGAAAUACCAAUGUUUUAUUUAAUUUUUUAUUUUCAAUUAUUACACAUGACCUGGUCUUUGGUGAUAGAGGUUGAAUAAUCCCAUUAUUAGCCAAUGCACUGGUCAAGCAUAGGUGCACUCUGUCAGAGUACACUCUGUCAGAAUGCACUUGCACUCAACCCUCAUCUCCUUUCCAAAACAGACCCAUAGGCUGCACCUAAAUAGUCUAAAGUGGCUUUCUCGCCUCAAAUCCUCUCCUUCAUAUGCACUGACAACAAAACAUAGGAUAAGUAAAAGCAAUAGGGGAGAUUCCUCCUGCGAGAGGUUUUCACUUGUCAAGUUAUUUUACAUCAGUUGAAGUGGAGUAGGGGAGACGAGGAAUUACCUUUACAUUAUCGAGAUGCACCCAAUGUUUCACAGUUAUUGAGAUACAAAUAGUCUAUCAGCAGUUACAUCUAGUGUAAUGAGGAUAACUGUUUAAGGAACCCCCUCCAAGCCCUUAUUCUAGAUUCAUCUAUUCCUUCUCUAUUCUCUGUACAAGCUGUAUGUAAGUGUGUGUGUGUAUCUUUCAAUCAAUUUAUUUUGGACCCGGGUUUACAAUGUACUCGUCACAAAAUGUUUUACAAAUGUGUUUAUUAGUGUAUGCGUGUGGGUAUUGAACUCAAAGGUUGGCCUGAACACCUUGUGUCUACCCUGACAUCCUGGCCUCUUGUCUUGACCACAGCUGUUUCUCUGUCCAUGUACUGCAGUCAGAAGUCACUGUAGGGCCAUUUGGCUUCACAAACAGGGAUCCAUCUCAAUAGUCCUACGUCGCAUCCUCUCCUUUCCUUAAUCAGAUCAGUGAAGAUGUAGGAAGCCACUUUAGACUAUUGGGAUGCAGCCUUCAUCACAAUGUACUGUACAGAAGAGAGGGGUUAGACGUUAGAUUUCUGGUAUAAUCUCCAUGUUAACAGAGAGGCAAGCCUGUGGUUAGUUGCCGUCACACUGCAGUAAAACCUUUGGUCUUGAUUGGGGAGUACUGUAGUAUGAAGUUGCACUUGGACACUGAUCUAUGGUCAGUUUUACAUUUACACCGGUAAAUGUUAAGGCUAGGAUGUGGAUAGGGUAGACUGAUCCUAGGUCUGUGGCUACUGACAACUUCUACCCAGAACCAAGGGGAUGGCACUGUUAGGAGAGGCUGGGACUGUGUACAUAGACAAAUAUCAGAGGAACCUUUUUAUCUAAUUACAGAAAAACCCAGAGAAAGAGUUGUCACACCUGCUGAUGUAAAUAUAGAUGGACUUUAUUUUGUUUAUAAGAGCCUGUGUAAUUUAAAGGUGUACAUUUUCCAAGUUGUGGUUUGUUUUUAGAAAAUAAUAAAUUGGUUAUAUUUGUGCCCAAGUUA